AUGUCCCCUGACUGUGGGAAGAGUUUGCAGGAAGCAGUGCCUCUAGGCAGCAAGUCUAAGGAGUAUGCACCGUCAGUGUUUGAGAAGUACAGUGUUAACAUCACAGUUGGAAAUAAGCAAGUCAUGCUGAACUUGUAUGACACUGCAGGUCAAGAGGAUUAUGAUAGACUUCGUCCACUUUCAUACCAGAAUGCAGAUAUUGUUUUGAUCUGCUAUGAUGUCACAAACCCAACUAGCUUUGAUAAUGUUUUAAUAAAGUGGCAUCCUGAAGUAAACCAUUUCUGUGGUGGAGCUCCUAAAGUACUGAUUGGCUGCAAGACAGAUCUUCGGAAGGAUAAAGAACGCUUACGCAAGCUCAGAGCUUCCCAGUUAGAUCCAAUUACAUAUAACCAGGGUGAAGCUACUGCUCAGCAAAUUCAAGCAGAAAUAUACUUAGAGUGUUCUGCCAAGUUCCGAGAGAAUGUGGAGGAUGUUUUUAAGGAAUCGACUAAAAUUGCACUGGCUGCAAGAAAGAAGGCAAGAAACCAGAAGAAGAAAAGGCUUUGUUUAAUAUUGUAGUGCACAGGGCAAUCCCUGUGAUGUAACAGAGCACCUUACCCGUUCUAAUGGACUGUUUUUUUAUUUUUUAUUAUUUUUUUUUUAUUAUCUGUGUUCUAGUUAUAUCAUUUUUGUUAAGUUGCUGCCUUCUGUCAUGGAUGUACAUGCAUUUUUUGCAGAUCCAAUUCUCCAUUCUUUGUGAUGUCUGGUUGGUGGCGCUCAGCAUUUCUUUACAGAAAGCCCCUUGGUGCACCAUUGGCAGCAUUACUGUAUUUUAAAGUUAUUUACUGUAGAAUUAGGAAUGAUAAGUUAUAUGGUAUUUUCUAACUCCGUAUGGCAGCUUUUCAUUAAAGAUGUUCAGAUAUUUAUAGGAUUAUAUCAUGCAAACAUAAUUUUUAAACUGUAUAUUUGAGGAACAUGGCUUUCUUGCUGUUAAAAAAUCAUUUUGUUGUGGUAAUGUUCUUUCACAAGAUAUUCCAAAGCACUUUAUACAGUGUAAUGUAAAUGCAGUAUGUAACUAUUUGGGGCAAUAGCAGUCUUGGACAACUGCACAAACCAUUUUUUUGGAACACUGAGGAAGGAUGCCAGUUUUACAGACGGUACUUCACAUGCACUGCCAUGUAGUAGGACUCCUACCAUAGAACAGCAAAGUUUCACAGGGAUGGUAUUAGUUAAUCAUCUUGCCCAAAAGUUAGAGAAGCCUGACAGCACUCUUUGAUACUGUGUGUAGCACUCAAGUCACAGCACAUAGAGAACUUAAGCAAACUGUCCCUCAGAAUUCUUACUGGCCGCCUUGAUAUGAGAGACAGUAGUAGCCUUAUUAUUUUUUGAUAGCCUGCUUAGUGUUGGCUAUCAGUUCAGUAGCAGAACUAAAUGUUGAUUUUGUCUUUGGUGCUAGCAUCUGUAUCAUGUUGACAUUGUCAUCACAGACUGAGUUUUUUUGAUUUCUCCCAGAAAUUGAAAUUGGUCACUGACAAUUAUAUUCUUUUCCUCUUUUUUAACACACAUAUAAAUACUUUAACCAAUAACUACUGUCUAACUGUGAUCAGAUAACCUCAUC